AUGGAAAAGGGCAUCAAGGCUUUCGAGCACCAGGAAUGGGUGUCCCAGCGCAAAGUCCCGCACACCAUCGACGUCGUCGACCCCGACCCCUCCUGGCCCUCAACCUUCUCCUCCCUCUCCUCCUCCCUGCGCGCCACCCUCCCCCCGUCCUCCAUCAUUGCCAUCCACCACGUCGGCUCGACCGCCGUCCCCGGCCUCGCCGCCAAGCCCGUCCUCGACGUCGACCUCAUCCUCGCCCGCCCCGCAGACGAGUCCACCUACGUGCCCUUCCUCGAAGCCGCCGGCUGGCACUUUCUGUUCCGCCAGCCGCCGUGGUACGAGCACCGCCUCUUCGCGCAGUACCACCCCGUGUUCGUCAACCUGCACGUGUACGGGCCGGGCGAGCUGGAGCUCGAGUCGCGGAGGCACCGCGCGCUCAGGGACUGGCUGCGCAAGACGCCGGCAGACAGGGAGCUGUACGCGCGGGCGAAGCGCGAGGCGUCGGCGCGGGCCAAGGUCAACGACGAGGGCGUGGGCGAGUACACGGAGUACAAGGGCGACGCGAUCCGGGAGAUCAUGGCGCGGGCCGAGGCGGAUGCGGCCACGCAAGUCCAAAGCUGCGAUGGCACGUCAUAG